UACUUGAGGGGAGGUAUUUUUCUUUUUUUCAUCUGCAGCCCUCAAGAGCAUGGAGAGCACUUGGAGGAUCUGUGUGUGUUUGUACUGCUGCUUGCCCUGGCUCUCUGCUGGCACCCAGUCCUCUCCCCACUCCCGGGGCCGGGGGGGCUCUGAGGAGCCCCCCGAGUUUUUGGCAGCUCCUGAGGAUGCUGCCAGCCAGCUCAGCGCGGUGCUGCAGCUGCCCCAAAGCAGGGCACCAGCCCAUGCCCUCCUGCCCCCCCUGCUCGAGGUGCUGCACGACCGCGGCUCCCGGGGCUGGCACAGCGAGGUGCCGCGGCUGCAGCCGGACUCCAGGGCCCUGCGGUACAUGAAGAGGCUGUACAGGAUGUCUGCCACCAGGGAGGGCAUCCCCAAGGCGCAGCGAGGCCGCCUCUAUAACACGGUGCGGCUCUUCACCCCGUGCUGGGAAUGCGAGCACGGCCACCCGGGGAAAGGAGAUGUUCACUCGGUGGAUUUACUCUUCAACUUGGAUCGUGUUACUGCUCUGGAGCACUUACUCAAGUCUGUCUUGCUCUAUUCCUUUGACACAUCUGUUCCCACUUCCUCUUCCAUUACCUGCAUGUGCCAUUUAUCCCUUAAGGAACAUGAUUUUUCCGGCCAAGUUUGUCCCAGUAUUUCCCACUCUCUAGCUUUUAGCCUGCACUUUGACGUCAGGAGACGCAAAUGGGUGGAAAUGGAUGUGACUUCUUUCCUCCAGCCUCUGAUCGCUGCGAACAGGAGGAACGUCCGCAUGGCUCUGAACUUCACUUGUGUGACGGGUGACCCACAACGGAGCACGGAACUGGCAAACGCUGUAAACGUGACACUGGUUCCCCCUUCCCUUCUGCUGUAUCUGAACGACACCAGCGAGCAAGCUUAUCACCGGGGGAGCUCCCUGGGGCACGGGGGGAAAAGCAGCAGCCCGCUUGUGGAGCCUCCAAAGGGUGGCAAAGCACAAGGCACCCCCCAGGGCAAAAGGGCCUCUCGCCAGCGAAGGAAUGACCCAAAAGCGACCCCAGCCCCUUCACCCCACAACCUCAGCGAGUACCUGAAGCAGCUCGUGUUCCCUCAGCACGAGUGCAAGCUGCACAACUUCCGCCUGAGCUUCAGCCAGCUGCGCUGGGACCGCUGGAUCAUCGCCCCGCACAGGUACAGCCCCCAGUUCUGCCGGGGCGACUGUCCCCGCGCGCUGGGCCAGCGCUACGGCUCGCCCGUGCACACCAUGGUGCAGACGCUCAUCUACGAGCGCCUGGACCCCGCGGUGCCGCGGCCCUCCUGCGUGCCCGCCGCCUACAGCCCGCUCAGCGUGCUCACCAUCGAGCCCGACGGCUCCAUCGCCUACAAGGAGUACGAGGACAUGAUCGCCACCAGGUGCACCUGCCGCUAGCGGGGACUCCGCGCUCUCUAACACGGGUUUUAGCUCGGCGCUCUCUCGAGAUCUGCCGCUACAAAUGGCUCCGGCGGCGUUGCUGUAAAUCCGGGAUUUAGCACAGGAGGGGUUCACAUCAGAGCACUGAUUUUUUUUUUUGUACUCACUCAGCCUUUCUAGAACCUGCAAUUAAAUGUAAAUAGUGUCUUUUUAUCGGGAGAAUUUUGCAUUUAAAAUGGGGGGAAAGGUUUCAACUACUAAAUGUCUAUUUUUAAGCUGCUUUAUUACAGAUUAAAAAAGAGAGAAAUAAAUGGCUACCACACAUACCCUGACAUGCAGUGCUUGCUACUCUACCUCUACAGAAACCUUGUGUGUGGAACCUCCAGCAAUGAUUAGGAAGAGAAGCAAAUCUUUUGUUAGAACUAUUUCUUCAGUUUUUCAUUCUCUUUCCCUACCACAUUCCAGCUCUUCCAAGCAGAUGACAAAACCCUUCCUCACAUUUUUGUAAACAGUUACCAGUU